AUGUCGCAGUGUGCCCAAACACCACUCCCACCGUUUCUUAAACAACCCCGGCUAUGCCUGCCGAUGGAGAAAGGUCACGGCCAUUGUGUGCUAAAAAUAGCAACGACAUCCUUUCAAACUCGUCACCGCUUUCUCUUUUUGUAUGAACCGUCAUAUCUAUAUCCCGAGACUUCGCAGCGGGUUUUAGCCGGCCAGGGGAGCAGCCCGGCCUUCGGGCUGGGUUGCGACCCAUGGCAAAGUCUAUCAAGUAAAUACCGCCGGCCUGGGGAGCAGGAAGUCUCCCUGAUUCGCGACUUUGACGCGCCCAGUCAAGUCGACCAGCGUUCCUGCAGCUUCCAGCACUCUUGCAGCUUCCAGCUCACUCCUCACCUUCCAGCACUCCUGCAGCUUCCAACCUCCUGCACCUUCCAGCGUUCCUGCAGCUUCCAGCACUCCUGCACCUUCCAGCGCACUCCUGCACUUUCCAGCUCACUCCUGCACCUUCAGCACUCUUGCAGCUUCCAGUUCACUCCUGCACCUUCCAGCGUUCCUGCAGCUUCCAGCACUCCUGCACCUUCCAGCGCACUCCUGCACCUUCCAGCUCACUCCUGCACCUUCCAGCACUCUUGCAGCUUCCAGCUCACUCCUGCACCUUCCAGCAUUCCUGCAGCUUCCAGCUCUCUCCUGCACCUUCCAGCACUCCUGCACCUUCCAGCUCUCCUGCAGCUUCCAGCACUCCUACAGCAUCCAGCAGUCUCCAGCUCACCCCUGCGGCGCUCUACUGACGUCCCGCGACCUAUUCCAGCACCCGCUGACGACCUUAUCCAGUGCCCACUGACGUCUAGCGCCCGUUAUCGUCCGGACACCGUUCAAACAACCUCUGUCUUCUUACCAUCCACCGUUUGCAAAUAA